AUGUUUGCAGUGGGGUCGCGAAAGGUUCUCGGUCGCAAGAAGAAGCACCGAUCGUCCCUGGAGAAAAUCCAAGCAGAUCGGGCCCUCCACACCCUGUGCACGAAGCCUCCGAUGAAGAUGAUCUCACGGACAGAGCGACGAGAGCCGCAAGCGAAGCGAAGCAUCAAGGUGGCUGAGUUCGACUUGCAUCAGAUCACGCAGACUUUCACAGAGAAGAUGCUCGCAGGCAUCAACUUAUCAGGGAGGUGCUUCUCCAAGUUCAAGUCAUGCGGCAAGUUCCACAGAACAGCUCCACCAAGGGAAUCUCCUUUGGAGGUCCCUCGUGAUGACAUCGCCCAUGUUAUGGAGGCCGCUACCGCCGCUACAUCUUCCAAUGCCAACCAAGCAGAAAAACCAGACGAUGAUGCUCGUACCAUGGCAGAACCCGAGAUGGAAAUCGACAAUGACGACAUGGUUGAUGAGAAUGAGCUUGAUGAAGAACAACAAGAUCCUGAUGCAAAUGAAUCUCAGGAUGAGGUUGCAGAGCGACGUCCGCAACUGCCAACAGGGACUACCUCGACUUCGACAGUGGGAGUGAUCAUGAUGUUGGAUGAGAAGACCACUACCAGUACCAUCGAACUGCUGAUCAAUUCCAACAUCAUCAUAUCGGCGAAGUAUACAGCGAAGUUGACCAGGAGGAGUAUUCUGCAGCUGCGAGGUUAUCUGUCAAUGCUCCGUAUGCUGGCAAUUUUGCUCAAGGUACUGAGUGGACCAGACCACGAGUACUUGGUGCACGAGUUUGAGCAGAUGAUGAACAGCUGCCUGAAGGAGAACCACUACAAUCGAUGGGAUCGCUCUGCGAGUUUCAGUGGCUCCCUUUGGAGCAGCCGGGUCGAUUUGGCGCAGCUUACUUUUGCAUGA